GCAAUGUCUGACCCUCCAGCCCACCCCCCUAAUUUGGGGGGUCUCCGGGGGGCCCUGGAGGCCGCCCUGAUCCGAGACCCCACUGAGCCCUCGCCCCCCGAAUUGACCCCAAUUUUGAGGGUCCCGCUGCCCCCCGCAAAAGUGUCGGGUCCUGGACGGAGCCAAACUCUGAGGGACAACCUGGAACUGGAUUUUGGGGGACCCCCUCGGGGUCUGGGGGGGCUCCGGACAGCCCUGAGCAUCCUGGAAAAAUAUGGGAGGAACCUCCUGCACCCCCGACCCCCCCGGCACUGGAGGGGGGUGAGAUUUGGGAACCCCGUGUUCAAAUCCACCGUGGGAGCCAUCCAGGUACAUCCCAUAAUACACCUGAGAGCCCAGAACAAUCUGGGAGGGUCGGGAGUCCUUCGGCUCUUGGGGUACACGGAGGAGUCGGGGAGGGCUGAGCUUCCCCACCUGGAGGGUCCCGACCCCAGGUGGCUCUCGGUCACGGCCGACGUGCUGGUGCUGAGGCAGAGCUCGACCUGCUGCUGGCCUUGGGAGGGACUGGAAGGGACUGCUUGGUCACUGGGAUACACUGGUGGGCACUGGGAGGGUCAUGAGCUGUGUUGUGGGGCACUGGGCCUUAGUGGUCCAUGUUGGGAGGCACUGGGAGGGUCACUGGCCCAUACUGGUCCAUACUGGGAGGCUCUGACUCUCCUCCCCCACCAGAACCAGCACCCGAACCCCCAGUUCUUCACCGAGAUCCUACUGGGAGGGGACGAGCAGCCACUCGUGUCUGACGCGAUGCCCACAGCAGACGGGGUCCUCCCGGCCGGUGAAGUCCCCCAGGGACCCCCCCAAGACCCCCCAAAUUUGGGGGAGGGGGGGGGCUGGGCCUGCGCUUCUUGUACCUUCCUGAACCCCCCCCAGAGUGUCCUCUGUGGGGUCUGUGAGCGCCCCCGCCUGGCCCGGAGGCCGAGCCACACCCAGCAGCCCCCCCCCGAGCCUGCCCAGGUGUGGCCCUGCCCCCACUGCACGUACCUGAACGAAGGCCCCGCCCCCACCUGCGCCGUGUGCCAGCGCCCCCUGGCGGCCACGCCCCCUCCCGCGCCUGGCCACGCCCCCUCCCGGGAUGCUUUGCGGCAGCAGCGGCUCCUGAACGACGGCAGGAGAUUGGUGGCCCUCGUGAGGGGUUCUGGCCGCCGAAUCCCAGGGGCUGCCCCCGGAAUCUUUAAGCCCCUCCCUCUUUGCGCCCCCUCCCCCGCCAUGCUCUGGAAUUUCGGGGGUCCCCACAGCCCCCCCUCCCCCCAGGAGGUCGUUUCGGGGUUCAGGGCCCGCCUCGGGGGGCUCCUCCAGGCCCUGCUGGAGGAGGGGGAGCGUCGGGGGGCCCUGGAGAAGGGGGGACCCCUCGGGACCCCCUCCCUGCGUGAGGCCGCCUGGGCGUGGCUUAAAGGGGCGGGGCAGCCCGACCACGCCCUCCUGGCUCUGAUUGGACAGCGCCGGUGUCAGCUCCGGGCCCUGUCAGCGCUGGGGUUCCGGGAUCGCCGGGAGGUGGCGCUGGCGCUGCAGCGACACGGAGGGGACCAGUGGGGGGCGCUGCGGGAGCUGCAGCGGCCCCGGCUCCGCCCCUUCCUGCAGCGCCUCUGGCAGCCACCGGGGGCGCUGGACUUCGAGUGCCCCGACCAGCAGGCGCUGGUCCGGCGGAUUUUGGCCACCCUGGACGUGGCCAGUUGGGGCCGGGCCUUACUGGUGGCCAGUUUGGGGCGCGAGCUGGGACUGGGCAAGGUGGAGCCCGGCAGCGAGGGCUUACUGGGAGAACUGGUGGAGGCGGUGAAGGACUGCCCGGACCGCGCGGCCCUGAGGAGGAGGCUCCGCUGCGAGUGCGCCGUGUGCGGGUGGGGCCUGCCCCGGGCACAGAUGCAGUGGCUGCCGGGGUGCUCGUGCCCACUGUGCCCCGAGUGCUUCCGCCUGCACUUCACGGUGGGGGUCCGGGAGAGGGGCGUGGGCGCCCUGGGCUGCCCCAGCUGCUCCCGCCCCGACCUGCGCGACGAGGCCCAGCGCCUCUGGUACUGGUCCACACUGGAACCACAGCUCCGGAGCUGUUUGGACCCCGACACCUUCGGCCUCGUGACCCAGAAGUUGACGGAGCUGGAGCUGCUCCGGGACCCCCAGUUCCUGUGGUGCCCCCAUUGCUCCUUUGGGUUCAUCUUCGAGGCCGAGCGGGGCCCGGCCCAGUGUCCCCAGUGCCACCAGUGCUGCUGCCCCCGCUGCCAGCGCCCGUGGGACCCCCAGCACUCCACCCUGUCCUGUGAUGAGUUCGGGGCCUGGUUGAGCUCCCGGGACCCCCAAGGAGCCUCGGGGGGUCUGGGGGCUUUUCUGGGGGAGCACGGAAUUGUUUGCCCCCAGUGCGGGGUGUGGUUCGCACUGGCCCGGGGGGGGUGUUUGCAUUUCCAGUGCUCCCAGUGCCGGCACCAGUUCUGCGCUGGCUGUGGGGCCACCUUCCACGGGCCAGGGACCUGCCCCCCCGACUGCCCCCUGCGGGAGUCCCUCCACAGGCACCACCGGGACUGUCUGUUCUACCUGAGGGACUGGGACCCCCGGCUGCAGAGGCUGCUCCAGGGGCGGUGCCCGGUGCUGGAGCAGAAGGAAUUUGGGGCCGCACUCCGGGAUGAGCCGUGUGGGAAGGAAGCGGCCCCCGGCCACGCCGGGCUCUGCAGGGGGCACUACAGCGAGUACCUGGUGGGGCUGGUGAACCGGCACGGGCUGGACCCGGCGCCGCUCUAUGACCGGGCGGAGCUGCGCGCGGCCGCAGAGCGCCACCUGCCGGCCGGGAGGACCCGGCGCGGCCCCGCCGAGAGCGACGGCGCCUUCGAGCAGCGGCUGCGCCACCUGCUGGAGAGGGAGGCGCCCCUGCGGCCACGCCCCCCCGGCCAGGGACACGCCCCCUUAUGCAAAUGAAGGGCGCCGGCUGGGGGUGUGCUGGGCCACGCCCGCUUUUAUGCAAAUAAAGGUGUGUGAUUAUUGGAGGUGGAGCCACGCCCCCUUUGUGCAAACAAACUGCAUAUGUGUCCCCAUGGGAAGCCACGCCCCCUUUAUGCAAAUGAAGGCCAUAUAUGGGCACCUCCCACUGUAGGAUGGGAAGAGCUCAAGAAACUGGGACACUCUGGCACCUCCUGGGAUCAGGGGGACACUGUGACACCUCAGGGACACAGAAACCAAGGAAUCCUGGGAUCCUGCCUGACCCCAUGGGAUUAAGGGACACUGUGGAUUUUAGAGGGUUUGGGAUUUUCUCAGAGCAGCAAAUCCGGGCCUUCUGUUGUUGCUUACAACAAUUAAUAGAGUUUAAUAACGUUUAAAUUUAACAAAACUGAAUAAAACUUAAAUUUCAGGUCACGUAACUCACAUGCAAUGCCACUGCUUACAGCUUAAUACAGCUGACAUUUAAACAAAUACAACUUAAUCAAGUAAAUAUUAUACAAUUUAGUACAACUGAAAUUUAAACAAAUACAGCUUAAUGCAAGUAAAUAUUACUAUAAAACAACAUAUUAUCAUACAACUUUUCAAUUAAAUACAAUUUAAAUUCAAAUUCAUACAACUUAUAAAUAUACAUAGAACAAAUAAAUAUAAUUUAAUGCAAUUUAGUAAAUACAAUUUAAUACAAUUAAUUUAAAAUUUAAGUUAAUGACACUUAAAGUUAUUCCAAGUCAAUACUAUUUAAUGCCUUUUGAACUUAAUGAGCACAAAGUUAGUACAAGUAUAUACAAUUUAAUGGAAUUUAAAUCUAAAUUCAUACCACAAGUUAAUAGAAAUCAAUACAAUUUAAUGCCAUUUAAAUUUCAAUUCAUACAACUUAAAAUUAGUGCAAGUAAAUACUAUUUAAUGCCAUUUAAAUUUAAACUAAUCCAACUAGAAUUUAUACAUAAAUACAGUUUAAUACAAUUUAAAUAUAAAUGAAUACAACUUCAAAUGAGUACAAACACAAUUGAAUGCAAUUAGGUUUAAAUAUGAGAAAUGCAAGUAAAUAUUAUUU